UCAGAAAGUAGCAUGCUUGUUUACAGGCCCGCAAACCACCCCUGCUGAGGUCUCAGGCUGCAGAAGAGGAUCUGUGAGCAUCUGGGAAUCCUGUGGAGCUGUGUCACCUUUGGUCUGUGUGUGGAGUUCUGCCACAUGUUGCUAGAUGAGUUACAUACUGGUAGCUUGAUUGUGGCUGGAUUGUAGCUGCAGGCUGCACCCUGAAAGGCGGUUUGCCAGUACACUCUUCACUGUCCAUCGUCUCCCAGGAACACCUGAGUCCAGGAGGCAGAAGUCCCAGGUUGUGGCUUUCUUACCACAGAUGCCAUACUUCAGACUACAUCCAUCCAUCCCAUAUCCCAGAGGUCACCGGACCCAACAGGCAGCUUUUGUCCUGCUGCUGGCUAGCUUGGUGAUCCUUUCGGGGGUUGGGAUUCCACCAAGUCACACUCUCCAGUACCUGGUGCUCCACCUAGCCUCCCUGCAGCUGGGACUGCUGUUCAAAGAGGUCUGCUGUCUGGUUGAAGAACUAUGCCACGUCCAAUCCAGGUACCAAGGCAGCUAUUGGAAGGCUACACUCGCCUGCCUGGGCUGCCCCAUCCGCCGCAUGGCCCUGUUGGUACUGUCUGUCUAUUUCUACUGUUCCCUCCCAAAGACUGAUGGCCUGCCUCUCAGUUGGAUGCUUGCCCUUCUGGGCCUCUCACAGGCCUUAAGCAUCCUCCUGGGCCUCCAGUGCCUGGCCCCAGCGGAAAUCUCUGCAGUCUGUGAAAAAAAGAACUUCAAUGUUGCCCAUGGGCUGGCCUGGUCCUACUACAUUGGGUACCUGCGGCUGAUCCUGCCAGGGCUCCAGGCCCGGAUGCAAAUUUUCAAUCAGCAGCAUAAGAACAUGCUAUGUGGCGCCGGGAGCCAAAGGCUGUACAUCCUUUUCCCAUUGGACUGUGGGGUGCUUGAUGACCUGAGUGUGGCAGACCCCAACAUUCGCUUCCUGAAUAUUCUGCCCCAGGAAAGCAUAGACCGUGCUGGCAUCAAGGGUCGGAUUUACUCCAACAGUGUCUAUGAACUUCUGGAGAAUGGGCAGCCAGUGAGUGCACAGAACAAGGCAGGCACCUGCAUCCUGGAGUAUGCUACACCCUUGAAGACUUUGUUUGCCAUGUCACAGGAUGGCAGAGCUGGCUUUAGUCGGGAGGAUCGACUUGAGCAGGCCAAACUCUUCUGCCGGACACUUGAGGACAUCUUGGCUGAUGUCCCCGAGGUCCAGAACAACUUCCGCCUCAUCGUCUACCAGGAAUCCACAGAGGGAAGCAACUUCUCACUGUCUCAAGAGAUUCUCCGACACAUGCGACAGGAGGAAAGGGAGGAGGUUACUAUGAGCAUCCCCCAGAACUCAGUGGCGCCCAAUUCCUCCGAACUGUCAGAAGAGCCCAAACUCCUCAUCAGUGAUAUGGAACAGCCUCUCCCGCUCCGAAGUGAUCUCAUCUGAGGGGCAGGGCCGCCUUGCCUGAGUCUCCAGUGGUCCCUAAGCCUCUUGACUGGGAGCUUUCCUCGGUGACUAGGGGCCUCAUAGAGACUUCUCAUCUAUAGAUGAGUCCCAUAUCCCUGGGCAAGCCAUUUAUUUCAUCUCUGAGUUUCAGUCUACUCUGUGAAAUUGGAUCAUAAUGACUGCCCUGCCUGCCUCAUAGGGCUGUUGUGAGGACUAUGCAUAGGUGGAAGUUUGGUGUAAAUUGCUAGAUAAACUUAAAAGAUGUUCCAGGCAUUCUCUGCUCUGAUGUUAACCUGUCUGGAUGCCAUCAGCAGACUCUCUGAUCCUCUGGCUUCUGGUCAUGUGUGUUCAACAGGUACUCCAGUAGAUGAAUGGAGAGGGGGGAAAUGUGAGGCAGGGGCAUGUGCUCCCCUUAGCUCACUUCCUGCAGUACUGAGUAGGCUGUUCUACCAGGCUGCCCUCUCAGUAAACUUGUCCAUCUCUAGGUUUCUGGAAGGGCCUCUUCCCCUUUUCCCUAGCGCUAGUAUUGGUUUAACACAAGAGUACUUACUCUCUUGUGGUUUCCUUAUAUCCUGUCCUUAGUCUGUAGGGUUUUUUUUUUUUUGGUCUUUUUGAAG